UUUUGUCCUCCAUUGCUUCACUCUCUCUGCUUCCUCAUCCUCGAUGUUCGUCAUGGUGUUGCGAAAGAUGGGACGACGUUGAAAAGAGGCAAGGCUGGAAGGAUGGGUUUCACAUACCUUGUCCUCACGUGAGUUCGUGCCGCUGCAGCCUUCCGUUUUUCUCUCGUCGCGACUUCUUCGUGAACAAAAUUUCCAAGCCAAAUCCCGACACUGUUCUGGCAGAUAAUCACGAAAAUGGUUAGACCAGAAAAUAUCCAAUCAACAGCUUUGACGCUACGCUUCAAGCAUGGCAAACACACAGUUCUGCUCUUCGCUGAGUCCAGCACACCCUUCACCACCAUCAAGACCGAUCUCCUCGAAGUCCUCCACGAACGAUACCCCGAAGGCCUCCCUAUGGGCAAAAGCAAGACCAUGACCGAGAUCCCUACGGACAUUGCAGACCUGGCUUUAGCAGAACCUGCAGACCAAUAUGAUAUUAGCAAGGGUUGGACAGAGUUGGACAUUGGAGGCGAUAUCAGAGAAACAGCUGGCAGUAUGAAGCUCAAAGAUGGUGCCAUACUUUCCUUUGCAUUCACUGGGGAUGAGGACACUGCGGCAGAGUUUUUCGUUGAUACUCCAGACUUGGACGCUCUCUACGGAGAGGAUGCCUAGCCUAGAUGGUUGAAGCACUGGAGUUUGGCGGGGUAUGUGCGGCGUUUGGGAGAAUGGGUCUGGAAUAAAACAAGCAUGAUGACCACGAAUCAAAGACGAUGGCUGGGCAUAUUGAAGGAAGUGAGGAAGCUCUAAAGUGAGCUUUAUGUCACAGAAUAUCUACAUAUCGAUCUCCUUGGCUACCCUUCAAGCUACAAGUUUCCCAUCGAAUAUCUUUAUCGAGACUUCUUUCCUUCAAUCUCUAUACUCCCCGGCGCUUUUCUUCCAUCCAACAACACUUUCUCUGUCCUCCUGAUCCGAGCAAAGAAGAAGGGAUAUACCAAAUCACACACCAAACAAGUCACCCACAUGAAAACCGCAAAUGGGCUCAUAAAGUACUCAUGUGCCUCUCUCCACAUCCACCACUCCCACCCAUAAUU